CUGGACCUGCCGUACCCCGACCUGCAGGAGUUCAUUGCCGACAUGAAUUUCCUCAUGGCUUUGAUCAUCAACGGGCCCAUCAAAUCCUUCUGCUACCGCCGGCUGCAGUACCUGAGCUCCAAGUUCCAGAUGCAUGUGCUGCUCAACGAGAUGAAGGAGCUGGCGGCCCAGAAGAAGGUUCCCCACCGUGACUUCUACAACAUCCGCAAGGUGGACACCCAUAUCCACGCCUCGUCCUGCAUGAACCAGAAGCAUCUCCUGCGCUUCAUCAAGCGGGCCAUGAAGAAGCACCUGGAUGAAAUUGUCCACGUGGAGAAGGGCAAGGAGCAGACGCUCAAGGAGGUCUUCGAGACGAUGAACCUCACCGCCUACGACCUGAGCGUCGACACGCUGGAUGUCCACGCGGACCGCAACACCUUCCAUCGCUUCGACAAGUUCAACGCCAAGUACAACCCCAUCGGCGAGUCCAUCCUGCGGGAGAUCUUCAUCAAGACGGACAACCGCGUCUCAGGGAAGUACUUUGCCCACAUCAUCAAGGAGGUGAUGUCCGACCUGGAGGAGAGCAAGUACCAAAACGCCGAGCUGCGGCUCUCCAUCUACGGCCGCUCCCGGGACGAGUGGGACAAGCUGGCCCGCUGGGCCGGCAACCACCGCGUCCACUCCAACAACGUCCGCUGGCUCGUGCAGGUGCCCCGGCUCUUUGAUGUCUACCGGACGAAGAAGCAGUUGGCCAACUUCCAGGAGAUGCUGGAGAAUAUCUUCCUGCCCCUCUACGAGGCCACCGUCCACCCUGCCCAACACCCGGAGCUGCACCUCUUCCUGGAGCACGUGGAUGGCUUCGACAGUGUGGAUGAUGAAUCCAAACCAGAGCAUCACAUCUUCAACCUGGACAGCCCUUUGCCGGGCAACUGGGUGGAGGAGGACAACCCACCCUACUCCUACUACCUGUACUACAUGUACGCCAACAUGACGGUGCUCAACCACCUCCGACGGAAGCGAGGUUUCCACACCUUCGUCCUGCGCCCGCACUGCGGCGAGGCCGGCCCCAUCCAUCACCUCGUCUCGGGCUUCAUGGUCUCGGAGAACAUCUCCCACGGUUUGCUGCUCCGCAAG